AACGCGUGAUUUUGAAACAUUAAGUACAAAACUCAUCAACUUUAUUUUGUUAAGUUAUUAGUUGUGUGUAAGACUAGCCCAUUGAACUUGAAAUCCCUGUGAGCCCAUUUAAGAGUGGAAGACCACAAUAAAACCAAGUCAAAAGCAAGAUUAAAGUUGCUAAAAUGUAGUUUUACGAGUUAACGCUAUCCGCGCGUUGCGACGGGAUAUUGAAAGACUAAGAUAAAAUUGAUUUUAAAAUUUUUUUGUCUUCAAAUAGAACUGCUGAGUUUUGGCUUCCGUUAACUAAUUUUUUUAUGAGUAUCAAACUUUUUUGUCUGUCCCUUUACCUUUAAUAUCUAUUACGUCUUAGACCUCUCUUUAUCUCUCUAACAUGUUGAUCACAUGAAAGAUCGAUACAUGUAAUGGUUUUUACUGUGAAAAAUUCACUCCAAACAAGCCAUACAAACCUAAAACGUUUACAGAGCUUUGGACUGGCUGGUAAGUCAUUGCCACCGGAACAACUUUAUGCGACUCAACUGUCACAGCUUCAAGAAAUGGGCUUCUUUGAUACCCAAGAAAACAUCAGGGCAUUGCGUGCUACUGCAGGUAAUGUUCAUGCUGCUGUUGAGAGGCUUUUGGGAAACUUUGGCCCGUGACGACGUGGAGUUGUUUUCUUCUAUUUAAAGACAGCUAAAAUGAGUCCGUUUUUUACAGUAUUCUUUUUUAGACAUUGGGAGGCAUGUGGAUUUUCGUUUGAGCUCGUGUGUGUGUACACAACUUAUUUUGUAUAUUUUUUCUUAUUGAAUUAUGUUCUCGACCCCUAUUGUCGAGUCCGCUGCAACGCGCGGGUUCCCCACUAGUAAUAUCUAAUAUCUUAGCAUAUGAUUUAAAUAA